AUGGUUGGUCAACUAAUUCAAAGAGGAGCUCUCCCUCUGCUGCUCUUCCUAACUCCAGCAGUGACACCAACAUGGUAUGCAGGCUCAGGCUACUAUCCAGAUGAAAGCUACAAUGAAGUCUAUGCAGAAGAGGUCCCUCAGGCUCCUGCCCUAGACUACAGAGUCCCCCGAUGGUGUUACACAUUAAAUAUCCAGGAUGGAGAAGCCACAUGCUACUCACCAAGGGGAGAAAAUUAUCACAGUAGCCUAGGUACUCGUUGCGAGCUCUCCUGUGACCGUGGCUUUCGACUGAUUGGACGGAGAUCAGUGCAAUGCCUGCCAAACCGCCGUUGGUCUGGAACUGCCUACUGCAGGCAGAUGAGAUGUCAUGCACUGCCAUUCAUCACUAGUGGCACCUACAGCUGCACAAAUGGAGUGCUUCUUGACUCCCGCUGUGACUAUAGUUGUUCUAGUGGCUACCACCUAGAAGGUGACCGCAGCCGAAUCUGCAUGGAAGAUGGGCGAUGGAGUGGAGGCGAGCCUGUAUGUGUAGACAUAGAUCCUCCCAAGAUCCAUUGUCCCCACUCACGUGAGAAGAUAGCAGAGCCAGAGAAACUGACUGCUAGAGUCUACUGGGACCCACCCGUGGUGAAAGAUUCUGCUGAUGGUACCAUCACCAGGGUAACACUUCGGGGCCCAGAGCCUGGUUCUCACUUUCCUGAAGGAGAGUAUGUGAUUCGUUACACCGCCUAUGACCGAUCUUAUAACCGGGCCAGCUGCAAGUUCAUUGUGAAAGUACAAGUGAGACGCUGCCCAGUUCUGAAACCACCGCAGCAUGGCUACCUCACCUGCACCUCAGCAGGCGACAACUAUGGUGCCACCUGUGAAUACCACUGUGAUGGUGGUUAUGAGCGCCAGGGAACCCCCUCCCGGGUCUGCCAAUCCAGUCGCCAGUGGUCGGGAUCACCACCUAUCUGUACUCCCAUGAAAAUUAAUGUCAAUGUCAACUCAGCUGCUGGCCUCCUGGAUCAGUUCUAUGAGAAACAGCGACUCCUGAUCAUCUCAGCUCCUGAUCCCUCCAACCGAUAUUAUAAAAUGCAAAUCUCUAUGCUACAGCAAUCCACCUGUGGACUGGACCUGCGGCAUGUGACCAUCAUUGAGCUGGUGGGGCAGCCACCUCAGGAGGUGGGGCGCAUCCGGGAGCAACAGCUGUCAGCCAGCAUCAUCGAGGAGCUCAGGCAAUUUCAGCGCCUUACUCGCUCCUACUUCAAUAUGGUGCUGAUUGACAAGCAGGGUAUUGAUCGGGAACGCUACAUGGAACCUGUAACCCCUGAGGAAAUCUUCACAUUCAUUGAUGACUACCUGCUCAGCAACCAGGAACUGAUCCAGCGCCGGGAGCAAAGGGAUGUCUGCGAGUGA